AUUCCAAGCCCAUCGCGGCACUGCACGGAGUGAGGCAAGCAAGCUCAGCGCGGUCCAGCUUGACUCCCGUCUCCGGCUGUGUAUCUCGCCGGCGCCCGCCGUCCCCUGCCUAUCCAUGCCUCCGGAGAAAUCCCCGCAGUCCCCAGUUUUUUGUGGACGAAGAAUUCUCAUUUCGAACGAAGUUGGGGAGAAGCUUGUUGGUUUAUUGCAUGAAGCAUGUUCGAAGGAGCUCGUGAUCCUCUGUCAUGGAUUCCGAGCUACAAAGGCAAGUCUGUACCGUUUAUGUCUUUCAUAUAUUUAAUCAGGAUGACAGUAUCUUGGUCGACCUUGCCGCUGCACUAGCAAGCGAAGGAGUUAAUGUUUUUCGGUUUGAUUUUGCUGGAAAUGGGGAAAGCGAGGGUGUAUUCCAAUAUGGAAACUACCGAAAAGAGGCAGAUGACUUGCGCUCUGUAGUAUCUUACUUCGCAGAACAGAAGUAUGACAUAAUUGCCCUUGUUGGUCAUAGCAAAGGAGGAAAUGCUGUGCUUUUGUAUGCUUCAAUGUACCAUGAUGUUGCCGCCAUUGUGAAUAUUUCUGGCCGCUUUGCCUUAGAGCAAGGUAUCGAUGGGCGACUGGGGAAGAACUUCAUGCAGAGAAUAAAGAAAGAUGGAUACAUAGAUGUCAGGAAUAAAAAAGGGCAAUUUGAGUACCGAGUUACAGAUGAGAGUCUACGAGAUCGGCUGAGCACCGACACCCUCCUUUCGAGCCGCUCCAUCAGCAAAGACUGCAGGGUUCUCACAGUCCAUGGCUUGAAAGAUGAAACGGUCCCAGCAGGAGACGCCCUGAUGUUCGCUGCGAACAUCACAAACCACGAGCUGCACAUAGUUGCGGGAGCCAACCAUCGGUACACAGGCAAUGAGCGAGAGCUGACUUCACUCGUGCUGAAUUUCAUCAAGCCCCACUCUCAAACCUCGGCGUCCUUGCGUCCAAAGCUAUAGGUGUUUGACCGUUACGGAGUAGUCUCCAAUCCGCCAGGACCUGCAGGGCCGGUUUAUAUACAGUUAGUGUGCUUAUAUCAGUUAGAUCUUGUACUAUGCUGUAUCUUCUGAAUAGAGAUGCUUGUUAAAUGCAAUUGUUGUAUCUAAAAUACAAUCAUAGGGAUAUGCUGGUUAUCGUAGAGUUUGUUGGCUCAUGGCUGUGUAAAGCCGAUCGCUGAGGUGAAAGGAUAUUGUCUUGCCUGCUGCACUUGCAUAUUGCAUACUGUGACCGUGUGACGUGAUGCCAAGAAGCUCAAAACUUUUCCGUGUACAGAGGGGAGUGGCAUUCUAUUGACAAUGGCGAGAGCUGAAAGAUGUGCACCUUCAUCUUAAUGGAAGGUUUGAUGUCCCAUCUGUUAGCUACUACUCCAUUGAAGGUUUGAUGUCCCAUCUGUUGUGUCAUUAUUUGAGUUUUCAUCUUGCAUAUUUCUUAUUGUAACCUUUAACAAACGCCUGGGUUGCUAGAGAACCCCUGCAAGUUUCCCCAGCUGAAGUACUUGCAGCUGGAUAUAAUUAUCGUUGAUGAAGAUGCUGGCAACAUUCUCUCUUUAGCCUCU